CAAUUUUUUGUCUCCUCCUGCUGCUCUCUCUCUCUCCAGCCGAUCGUACUCGAAACGAUGGACGCGACGAAGCUAAGUGAACUAAAGGACUUCAUCGAUCAAUGCAAGUCUAACCCUUCCCUUCUCUCCACACCUCCUCUCUCCUUCUUCCGCGAGUAUCUCGAGAGUCUUGGUGCUAAGCUGCCUACUGCUGCUAGUGGAGAACACAAAGACACCAAAGAGCAGAAGAGCUUUGUAGUGGAAGAAGACAGUGAUGAUGAUAUGGAGGAAACUGAAGAGCCGAAACCCAAAGUGGAGGUAGUUGAAGAAGAAGAAGAAGAAGAUGAUGAGAUUGUUGAGUCUGAUGUUGAGCUUGAAGGAGAAACCGUUGAGCCUGAUAAUGAUCCUCCUCAGAAGAUGGGAGAUUCAUCAGUUGAAGUGACUGAUGAGAACCGUGAAGCUUCUCAAGAAGCUAAGGGCAAGGCCAUGGAGGCUCUCUCUGAAGGAAAGUUUGAUGAAGCAGUUGAGCAUUUGACUCAGGCCAUAACGUUGAAUCCUACUUCAGCUAUUAUGUAUGGAAACAGAGCCAGUGUCUACAUUAAGUUGAAGAAGCCAAACGCUGCUAUUAGAGACGCUAAUGCUGCAUUGGAGAUUAAUCCUGACUCUGCAAAGGGAUACAAGGCAAGGGGUAUGGCUCAUGCCAUGCUUGGAGAAUGGGCAGAGGCUGCAAAAGACCUUCACCUUGCAUCUACCAUAGACUAUGAUGAGGAAAUUAGCGCAGUUCUCAAAAAGGUUGAACCUAACGCUCAUAAGCUUGAGGAGCACCGUAGGAAGUAUGACAGACUACGCAAGGAAAGAGAUGACAAAAAGGCUGCACGUGAUAGACAACGUCGCCGUGCUGAAGCACAGGCUGCCUAUGAUAAAGCUAAGAAAGAAGAACAAUCAUCAUCAAGCAGAGGUGGUGGUUUCCCCGGCGGAUUCCCUGGAGGUAUGCCUGGUGGCUUUCCUGGAGGAAUGGGAGGUAUGCCCGGCGGCUUCCCUGGAGGAAUGGGAGGUAUGCCCGGCGGCUUCCCUGCUGGAAUGGGAGGUAUGCCAGGUGGUUUCCCUGGAGGUAUGCCUGCCGGAAUGGGAGGAAUGGGAGGUAUGCCUGCCGGAAUGGGAGGUAUGCCCGGUGCAGGAGGCAUGCCCGGUGCAGGCGGUGCGCCUGGUGCUGGUGGUGCAGGUGCUGGUGGUAUGCCAGGUGGUGUUGACUUCAGCAAAAUAUUGAAUGAUCCUGAGCUAAUGACGGCAUUUAGUGACCCAGAAGUCAUGGCUGCUCUUCAAGAUGUGAUGAAGAACCCUGCGAAUCUGGCGAAGCAUCAGUCAAACCCGAAGGUGGCUCCGGUGAUUGCUAAGAUGAUGGGCAAGUUCGGAGGAGGACCUAAGUAG